GCUGGUAACCGGCACAAAAUAUGUUCCGCGGUGCCGCCGCAGGUAGGACUGGGUAGUGGCGAGCGGGAAGGGUGACGGCUGUGUGGACGCCGACGAGCGUCACCGCGCCGGACGCGCCGCCAAACACACGCGCAGUACGCGCCACUCAGUCGUGCUCAGCAACUUGUCGAUUUUCUGCAUUGUUCCCUGUCGUUUUUCGACGCGCCGCUGCCGCCCGACGCUCCGUUUCCGUAGAACAAACCGUACCGAGACGGUGGUUGGAAGUGGAACGGACAGCGCCGGCACUACAGUUUCCGCGGUCGUCAUUUUUCCCAGCUAACCGGCUUCGAGCAGCGUCCGAGGUUACCAGAACAGGACUAAGAAGCAAAAAUGGAAGGUAAAAUACUCGACCAGGAAACCACUGCUGACCACAGUCCAGCCAAGGAACAAAUUGCUGAUAUAAAAUCAAAACGCAAAUACGAUAUAAUCGUUUUUGGAGCUUCGGGAUUCAUUGGAAAACAUGUUGUUAUGGAAAUGGGACGCUUUUCACAAACAUACAAUUUAACUUGGGCUAUUGCUGGGCGUAACACUGACAAAUUACAAAACGUAUUAGAUAAAUUGUACAAAACUGUUGAUGGUUAUGAAGAUAAAAAAAUUGAUAUUAUUUAUGCCGAUGUACAAGAUAUUAAAACUGUAAUGAGAAUGGCUCAAAUAACUUCUGUGGUUAUAAAUUGUAUUGGACCGUACUAUAUAUUUGGAGAAGUUGUAGUGAAAUCUUGUGUUUUGACAUCUACUCAUUAUGUAGAUAUAACUGGUGAAACAUUAUUUAUGGAGAAAAUGGCAUGUAUAUAUAAUAAACAAGCUGAAGAAAACCAUUCAAUAAUUGUUAGUGCACUUGGUAUGACUAGUGUACCCUCUGACCUUGGUGUUGAAUUUUUAUACAAACAUUUUAAUGGUGAAUUGAAGAAUGUUGACGUGUACAUGUACCUUUAUCCCAGUUCAUUCGUACAUAUAUUUCCCAUGUGCACUUUUAUACAUGAUGGUACUUGGAUAAGCACUAUAUUGCAUUUGGCUACUAAAAAACAAAGACUACACUACAGAAAUCUGUUAGAUGAGUUAAUGGGAAUAACUCGAGUAAAACCAAAUGUUUCCAAGAUAUUUCAUAGACGGCAAACCAGUAUGCAAAGUGACAACAAAGAAUGGUGCUUGGCUUUUCCAGAACCAGAUCAAGCUGUUGUUGCUAGAUCAAUACAUCAUGCCAAAACUAUUGAUAAUUUGCCUUACAAUUUUGAUGUUCGAAACUAUUACGUUUUUGGUUUUUUGAUAUCAGCUGUUAUUGGUUCAUUAUUUUACGUAAUACUGUCUAUCUUGGCCGCACUUGAACCUAUUAGAAUUCUCUUUGUUCGAUUUCCAUUCUUGUUUUCAAUGGGAGUUGCAUCAAAAACUGGUCCAAAUAAAACAACAAUGGAAAUGUCACGCAUGUCAUUAACCUUGAUUGGUCACGGAACAACAUCUGCCAAUCCUUCUAAAGAUAAUCUUAAGGAAAUUGCACAUAAAGAUAAUACUGCCACCAGAACAACUAUUAUUAAAGUCAGAGCUAAAAACCCAGGUUAUGGAUUCUCUAGUAAAGCGGUUGUCUUGGGAGCAAUAACUAUAUUAAAAGAUCAUAUUAAUAUUCCCAAAGGGGGUGUUUUAACACCAGCUUCUGCAUUCCGUAAUACUCAAUAUGUGAAUCGUUUAAUGGAUCAUGAUGCUGCGGUUUUUGAAAUUGAGUCUGACUUGGUUAUAUACGGACAACAAUCAAAAUUAAUUUAAAUUACAUCUACUUAGCUGUUUUUAGUCUUUUGUAGUGUUCAAGAUUUAUUCCAUUAUAAUAUAAUUAUCACUCCAACAGUAAAUAUUUAAGUAAAGUUAAGUACAUUUUUUUUUGUUUUAUAUAUUUUGCAAUUGUUUAACUUAUAAGUUAUAAAUAACUUAUUUAUCUAACAAUGAAUACAAUUUUCAACGGUUCUAGUUACUUUUUGUUUAUACACUCGCCAAAAGAUAAUAUACAUGUAGUGUAGCAUUAUUAUUGAUUAUUAUCUUGUUAUAAAACUAUUUAUAGAAACUGUUUUACCAAUUGGUGAAUAAGUUUAAGUAUAAGUUUUUAUUUAUUUAUACAUCAUACACUCAUUAUAUUUUAUUUAUUUAUUAAGUAAUAAUGAUUUAUUAACUGAUAUAUUUUAAUGAAAAAUAAAAAUAUUACAUCACAGUUAAAAAUAU